CCUUAGUACCUCUAGUUCGUAGUUGUUGGAGUCGUAAAGUUGUGACAGAAAACAUUUAUCCCUGAAGAUGCUUCGCCUUAUCGUUGUUUUUGCAGUAUUUGCAACAUUUAUAUCGUCAAAUAAAGGUUUCUACUUGCCUGGUCUGGCUCCUAUAUCAUAUUGCAAAGUGCAGCAUGAACAGCCUAAUUGUGAUUCAAAAGUUCACUUGUUUGUCAACUCUCUUGAUUCUGUUGAGUCAGUGAUCCCCUAUGAAUACAGCAAAUUUGAUUUUUGCCAAACCCCUAAAAACACUCCUUCACCAUCAGAAAACCUUGGACAGGUGGUGUUUGGAGAAAGAAUCAGGCCUUCUCCUUAUAAGUUGGCUUUUGGCAACAACACAGCUUGUGAUGAGGUUUGUACAAAAACAUAUGAUCUGAAGAAAGAAGAGGAUGUCAAGAAACUCCAAUUCUUGAAGCAAAAAAUAGCAGAAAACUAUCAACAGCAUUGGAUUGUUGACAAUAUGCCAAUUACCUGGUGCUAUGAAGUCGCAGAUGAGGAUCAGAAAUACUGCUCAACUGGUUUUCCAGUUGGAUGUUUUGUCACUGAGUCAAGUGUGCCACAGGAUGCUUGUGUUAUCAGUAACAAAUUCAACUCACCAAACACAUAUUAUGUUUUCAACCAUGUUGACAUUACCAUAAAAUAUCACAGUGGAAAUGGAGAAGACUGGGCUGGUGCAAGAUUGUUGUCUGCAAAAAUCGAACCAAGGAGCAUUGAGCAUUCUGAUUCGAAGAGCUGCUCUAAAGCAAUGAAUGCAAAAGGAAUCCCCGGGGAGCUGAAAAAGGAAGGAGAAGUGAAGAUUAAAUACACCUAUUCAGUUACAUACUUGGAAGACAACAAGUUGAAAUGGGCUUCACGCUGGGAUUACAUUCUAGACUCAAUGCCACACACAAGGAUUCAUUGGUUCAGCAUCAUGAACUCACUGGUUAUCGUGUUGUUCUUGUCCGGUAUGGUUGGAAUGAUCUUGUUGCGAACACUUCACCGUGACAUUGCACGCUACAAUCAACUCUCUGAUUCUGGGGAAGAGGCUCAUGAAGAAUUCGGAUGGAAGCUUCUGCACGGUGAUGUUUUCCGGCCACCACGGGCAGGGAUGCUGCUGUCCGUCUGUAUUGGUGUUGGGUCCCAAAUCUCCAUUAUGAUAUCAGUAACCCUUGUAUUCGCUUGCCUUGGUUUCCUGUCACCUGCAAACAGAGGAGCUUUAAUGACUUGUGUCCUGGUACUCUUUGUUUGUUUGGGAACUGUUGGUGGAUAUAUUUCGUCACGAAUGUACAAAAUGAUUGGAGGUGAACGCUGGAAGACAAACGUCAUGCUUACGUCAUUUCUGUUCCCGGGGAUCGUUUUUGGCGUGUUCUUCACUUUAAACUUGGCAUUAUGGGUAAAAGGCUCCUCCGCGGCAGUCCCAUUCACAACUUUGGUUGCUCUUCUAGCGUUAUGGUUUGGUGUCUCAGUACCAUUGACAUUCCUUGGUGCCUACCUUGGAUUCAAAAAGAAGGCACUUGAGCCCCCCGUCCGGACCAACCAGAUCCCUCGCCAGAUUCCAGAACAGAGUAUUUACACACGACCACUGCCAUCAAUAGUAAUGGGCGGAAUUCUGCCAUUUGGUUGUAUCUUCAUACAGCUCUUUUUCAUUUUAAACAGUAUAUGGUCGCAUCAAAUUUACUAUAUGUUUGGUUUCCUGUUCCUUGUAUUCCUCAUCUUGGCGAUAACUUGCUCAGAAACGACCAUCCUAUUGUGUUACUUCCAUCUAUGCGCAGAAGACUACAGAUGGUGGUGGAGGUCAUUUCUCACUAGCGCAUUCACUGGGGUCUAUCUAUUCAUUUAUUCAAUACACUAUUUUGCAACCAAGCUGACUAUCACUGGCGCCACCAGCACCUUCCUUUAUUUUGGUUACACGUUUAUCAUGGUCCUUCUCUUCACUCUCUUAUCAGGAACAAUUGGAUUUUUAGCUUGCUUAUUCUUCGUCUACAAAAUUUACGGUGCUGUCAAAGUCGAUUAGAAAGAGCUCCCGUGAAUAUAAAGUUGCCCUCGUUGUUAAUUUUGAAUAGCAAGUAUUUAAAUCCAGCUAAUUGACACCUAUUUUUAAGAAACAGUACUGAUGUAGCAAUCAUAAUUAGCUCUAUGUAAAUUACCUGAAAUUUCAGAAAGACUUAUUGUAAUGUGGUACUUCGAGGUAAUGUAGUGUGGUAGUAGAUGCUUUUGCCGAUAUCAUCGCCGUAGCUGGGACUUCCACCUUUUUGUCUACUCAAAAUAAUUCGGCGUCCUUUUUGACCCUCAAGUGUCCACUUAAGUGUAAGACCCUUAAGUGCCCAUACCCGCGGCCAGUUGGCUAUGAUGGCCUGCUAAGUAACUUCUUGAAAUGGGAAUAAAGAUGUCUUUAGGGAUGGUGACAUCUUUCAAGUUUAUUGCUUCGUUUGUUCAGCUAAAAGUUGUAAUUUUAUUUGUAAGUCUUAGAAAUUGAUAAACUUUCCGUCUGCUAUAAUAUCAUAUCAUUAAGUUAAUGGGUGUGACUAAAACAGCUUUUUCAUUAGACUGUUAACCGUCGAUUUCUGAAAGUUUAUUGCCAACGAUAUCUGGAAUUGCAAUAUAUGCGUCAUAGGUUAGAAAUCGCUUAUACUCGUAAAAAUGCUACUCAGAAUAUUUUGGUAUUACCGGUUGUUUGGAGCGUUAUUUUCUGUUAUUUUCUGAAGGCUUUCAUACAAAGCUGGCUCAAGUUGAGUAUUAAUGCAUAUCGUUGCCAUUCAGUGCGUGAUUGUUAUGUUUUGGCUCAUUAUAUAUAUAAACUUUCAGAUUAUUAAACAGUUAUUGAUACUCA